AUUUCACGGCUAUUUUCUCAGCCACAGAGUCGAUGUUGAAGAAUGUGGUUAUGAGUGAACACUGCGGUGAUGGCGGUGAGUCCUGUGGAAAGUGCCGUUAUAACUGUAGGUGGGGAAUCCGCGAUGAACGCGUUCCACCAGCUACGUUUGCGGCACUUAUCCGUGAUCGGUGGAGUGAACUUGAACCCAGGAGCAGAGAAUGGGCGAAUUGGUAGCGAUUACAUGGAUGAAGGCACUUAUUAUUUGAGCCUCCAUCUUCCGAGUGACGACGAGGAGUCGAAACCGGAGUGGAAGUCUAGUCCCAAAGCCGGUCCGGUUCCUAUCUGGUCUUUGAAGGAGUCUGAUUUUGAUGAUAACCUCCUCGCAACUGAUGUGAUUUGGGAGUUGAAUUUGGAUGUUCUUGAAAAUCGAAGGAGGAAAGACCCACAUUCUGGAGGUCGUGGGGAGCUGGAUGUGGAGGCUGACAGGGAAGGAAUUAUUGUUGUCGUGAUACGAAUUUGGAUCGUCGUCAACCCGCUGGAGACAUCGGGAAGAAUAGUGUCGACGCAGCUGAUUCACUUUCGAGGCCUUGUACCAGUUCGAGGCAUGGAGCCUUCUUCCAGGGUCGUCGAUCAGGCACCGAGGGAGAAGUUACUUCAGAAUUCUCUCGUUUUCGCCUUUGGUGGCGUGUGUUUUGUCGUCCCAACUGCCCUCGUCAAGCCGUGUCAGCGAGUCUUGAAAUGGGCGGUGAAACCGUGCAGUUCCUCUUUCGAGUGCAGCUACGAUUCCGCUUCCGUUUGUCGAUUGCGGGGUGUGGAAAGAGCUUUACAACAGGCGAAAGAAGAGAGAAGGGUUUUGAAUGAGGAACUGGAAAAGCUCGAAGCGAGUUUGACCCAGAAGCGGGAGUUGGAGAGGGAAUUAUCCCUGGCGACUUCGCGGUUGGAUGUUUUAAGACGUGCCAAAGAAUUCCAUUCCCGAGCCCUUGCUGUGAAAAAGGAAAAGCGCGCUGUCCUGGAGGAGAAAAAAUUUGAAACCGGCUGGAUGUUGAUGAGUUGGUUCCAAGAUUUGACGAGGGAUCGAGAGAGAAUGCGUGAACUGGGAGCUCCUGCUUUAGCAGAAGCGAAAGAAAACCUGGAUUCGACGAAAAUGAAGUUGCUUUUACGACGGAGAAGACUAUUAUCUCAACUCUCUUCCAUUUAUCCCAUUUGCAGAGACAGUCUCGGCAGAUGGAUGGUAGCCGGAGUAAGACUUCCGGAUAGCGAAAACUAUGCGGGUCACGAUGACACGCAGCUUGCCGUGGCUUUCGGCAACGUGGUGCACUUGUGCAUGCUGAUUUCCUUCAUCGUCAACGUGCCGUUAAAGUAUCCCGUCAAGUUCCAAGGAUCGCGGAGUUGGAUAUCGAACCACGUGUGCAUCCCCAUGUCGGGUGGCAAGGAAUUGUCGUUCCAGUUGUUCGAUCGGAAGUCUACGAAACAACGCUUUGAUUACGCUGCUUAUUUGAUGAAUCUCAACGUGGCACAUUUGAGGAGUUGGUGCUCGCUUUCCACGUCGGACUUGCGACUGACUUUGUUGAACCUUUCGUCGUUGAUCAACGACGUUACUCCCCGCAGGCUUCUGACCGCACCGAUACCCUUGGAAUUCCGAGCCCCGACGCCGCCAAAGCCGAUCCCUCAGGACGGGCCCAACGACGCCCUGCGACACGCCGUCUACGCGCACAGCCUGGGACGAUCCAAGGUGCCCUGGGUCGGCUCUCACCCAAAUAUGCCGGCCAUGGUUGCCGCAGCGACGGCGGCAGUGGUCGUCGCUGGCGGAAGACGAGUGCUGCAGGCGCCACUGGGGCCUACGCAUUCUCGCAGCGCGUCUCUCGGCGAACGCCAUUGUCUGGCGCUUGGUGGCGGCGGCUGUCUGGGUGUGGAGUGCGGGCUCGAGGCCACGGAGGACGGCGCCCGCGCAGAAAACUGUGAUCCCGUAUUGUGACGUUGAGCGUCCGUUUUUAUGUUCCCCGAUUAUUAUUUUUUUAGACAUCAAUUUUUCGGUCGUUUCAUACGCGGUGUUUACGUUUUGUUUUUUGUUUUUUUCUUACGCGUUCUCCUUUUUUCCCGCUUGUUUGAUCGAAAACACGGAAAUGCGGAAGAUGCUCGUUAACCGUUUAUUGUUUUGUUCCCAACUACCUCGUUAAAGAAUCAAUCGCUUCGAUAAUUGAUUGAACCUCUGGCCUUGUUGUGUACGAGGGUCGUCCCACUUGGACGUUUGACCCUGGUUAUUUAUAGAGUAGGUAAGGCCGAAAAAAUUAUAUGAUACAGUCCAUGUUGUAAGGUUCUGGGAAUUUUUUUUUACAUAAGUUUCAAUUUAUUGCAUGAUAAAUGAAGACUUUCCAGUUAAGGUCAGAGUUCUCAACCCAUGCAACAAGGUGCUAUAAAAUAUUUGGGCCAGCUAGAAAUUGAACUUUUUCCUGUUUCAGCUACAGUACUGUAUUAUAUUUUCUACAUUUUAGAUAAUGCUUGAGAUAGAAAAAUGGAUUUCAAUUUUAUAAAUGCUGAUUUUCAUUGAUAUCCAAUUUUGUAGCGAAAAAAUUGAAUUUUUUCUUUCGACUAUUUUCUUCACUGCACUGGGUGAUGCUUCAAGCAACAAAUAAAUUUUGAUUUUUUUAGCUGACCUGAUGACCUGAUUUCUUUAGUACCUUGUAACAUGGGUAGAACUCUGGCCGUAACUGGAAAGUUUUCAGUCAUCAUGCAAUAAAUUGAAGCAUAUUUCUAAAAAUUCUAAAAAAUUCCAGAACCGUACAAAAUCAUUGGCUACAUCAUAAUUUCUUUUACUGUCAUACUUACUCUCGAAAUGACCAAGUUCACGUCCAUUUGGGACAGCCCUCGUAUGGUUGGGCUAAUUUCUUCUAUGAAACUUACUUCCGAUGAGAGGAAAUUUUAAAUCUUUUUCCUUCAAUUCGGAUUUUUUUUUUUUGUCAAAGGACUUGAUGCUUGGAGGUUUCUUCCAUCGCGGGAAAGAGUGUUUUCCGAAGUGAAACGACGGUAUAUACAUUCCACAGUGCCAACGAUUCGCGUGGUUUGGAAAGAUUGCGCUUCUCGUUAGACAUAGGGGGAUAUUUUCGCAGUUUUCAAAUUCCCAGUAAGAUUUUUAAUUUAUUUAGCUUGAUUUGGAGCUCGGUGAUUCAAAAGAGUGUGCGGGAGUGAACUGUGAUCCGUUUCUGUAAUAACGGUCGUCAUCACGGUUUUUAUUUUAUUUUUCUCCUGGUGAUCAUGUUCCCAUCGAAAUUUUUCUUGUCGGCCUCUGCAGCAAAAUGCGUGUCAAGAGGUUUCUACGUUUCAUUGUUUCACCAGAGGUAUGCAUCUUUUGAAAAGAUUGCGAAGUGUGCGACCGGAAUUUAAUUUGUUGAGGCAUUCAAAUAAAUUUCGGGAUUAGGCGUAAAUUUUCACUUCUGAAACCGGAGAUUUGAACGAUGCACGAAAUACGUGCAUUUUUCCGUUUUUGUAAUAAGUAUCGUUUAAUACUGUAUACAUCAAGAAAUUCGAAAGCGUCAUUGAGAAAAUGUGAUUUUGAAAUGGAGAAUCUAUGCUAAUAUUCACGCUGUAAAGCGCCAAAAUUUAUAGUGCUGUACUUUUGAGGACUUUUCUUUCGAGGAACUUCAGUUAUUACGCUGACAAAGUUGCGCUUUUCUUCCUCGUCGAUUAAUUUAGGUCAGGUUGAGUAUAAGGUUCAAGUGGGUUCAUGCAGGAUAUUGACUCAGUUUACACUUGCAUGAGAUAGUAGAUGUCACAUUCUUGUGUGUUGCCUCUUUUUUUCAUUCCUGGCGUGUCUCAGAUUUGCUGCAGUGGCCGGCAUAAAAAAUGAAAGUAUGUCACGGUUUUUAAAUUUUCGUGGAAGUUGGACAUUAUGCCAGUUUUCUCGCGACUGUGUUGCGAAUGUGAUUCCAUGGUUACGUCGUGAUCAAAACGUGGAUGAAACUACUCUCCCCUGCAGUCGGGGUUUGGUUGCCA